AACUGUUGCUGCCAUCAAUCAGAAGCGUGUGAUGGUGCGAAAUCUGCAAGAGUCUUACUACCGACCAUCGAGCUUCCUCAGUGACCCUACGAUUUAGGCAGUAAUGUGAUAAAAAGAUUUCUCUUUCGUCGGAUUGGUUACGAACCCCGGAAAUUGUGACAGUGUCGCUUUCGUUAUAAAUUUUAAAGUUAUAAAAUAUUUCGGCGGCUGUACACUCGUAAGGUCAGUAAUUUUUGAAAUCGUUGCGAGUAUCUGACCAUCCAAAUGCUUCCUGGAAGGCCGUACAACCGUUACGAUCCACUGGCUGCUAUUGAAGCACCCACACGAACAGUGGGAACAGCCGAUAUGACGCUGUUCCAAUCGCCGGAAUUUCAACUGCAGAUUUUAUUGGAAAUGCGCUCCCGGUAUCCCGACUAUGUUAAGCCGGAUUACAAUUAUUUCCACGGCAGCGUCGUUCUGGAUGUGGAGUGUGGGGAUAACCACGGGCAAAUGUAUUUAUCCCGGUUUUGUCAAGGCAGCAAAGGCCAGUGCAUCCUGUACUUCCGCAGUGUCACCGAUCACUUGUGGUUAACGCCCAAUCAGUUCCAGUGCAUCAGCGGACGGGAGUCGGCUAAGGACUGGAAACGCUCCAUUCGGCAUCAGGGCAAAAGUUUAAAACUGCUGCUGGCCAAGCAGAUACUGUUUGUCCACCCGUCAAGUUGUGCCUGCUCGGGCUGCCGCAUUAGUUCACCUGUGGAUCGCAGAAAGCUAUCAGCUUACAACUUCCGCGUUGAUAUUGACCCGAUCGGACCCGGAAAUGCAAAUCGCUCAGCAGAGGAUUAUAAAGGAAAUAGUUCAUCAGUUAUUAGCGACCAAACCGAUUCAGAAAGAGCUUUCCAAGAGGAUCUUCCUAAUGAACGUUGGACGCGGAAACCACAUCGAAAUAAAACGCCUUUGCAAGACAUUUCCGAAUCAUCUUCUGAGGGUGUGCCGGCAGCGAAAACUGGGAUGGCGAAUUUCAGAUCGAAACACAGCCGUGAUCAUUCACAACUCGAUGACGCGGCAGAAUCGGCGGAACGUUACCCAACGAAAAAGAAGCGAUUAGAGGCAAAUAGUUUCGCCUCGCCCGUCAUGGAUUAUUCUUCUUACACGUCACCGGAAAACGGCGCUGCUAAGUCGGAUAAACGACUGGGUAUCCAGAAUUCUGCCCCUUUUUCACCGGCAUCCGCCAUGAGCAACGGGGCGGUCACGCCAAACUUCCACAUGUUGUUGAACCGUUUGCCCUUUGGUGCCGGUGCAACUCUGCCGAGCUUCCCGGCUGCAUACGUCACCAAUUACAGUCAACAUUUUCCCAGCAUGUUUCCGUCGUUCGGCAGCAUGUAUCCGGACUUCUUCCGCUCCUAUUCGAAAUCCAAUCCAGCGCAACCAUACAGUCUUCCCGCUCGUGAUGGCUUGGAAAAUACAUCAUCAAGUGGAUCUCAGUUUUCCUAUCGUUCAUCUUGUCCUAUUCCGCCGAUAAAUGAUCAGUCCGCUACAACCAUGGCUGUCGAUUCUAUGUCUUCGGACACUUCCGGCUCUUCCUCGCCGACUUCGACGCUACGUCGAUCUAAUAACUCCAGUACGGAAAAUUCACCGGAAAGGGAAACGCCCUUAGAUCUCACGCUGGCCCGUGACACACCGGCCGAAGUCGACUCCAUCAAAAAUCACAACUGCAAUAAUCCACCAUUAACUCUGCACGGCAAAAUAUUUUCCGGGUGCACCGCCAAAGUCCCUCGAUUUAGUUAUUCGUUUCCUGCAUCCGUCAUUGAUGGUCUGGAGAAAAACCUACCGGUUAAAGGCGAAGAGGUUUUUGUCCCACAACGCCUGGACUCCCCAGAAGACCGUCCCAUUUCACCCACCGAAGACUGAUGCAAAAAAAUAAGUAAUAAAAGGACAGUCAAAACUCAAAAGUAAUUCAAACGACAGUAAUAGAAACAUUAGAUUUGUUGUGCUGACAUUGUUAAUAUGAUGUUUUGUUGUUGCGUUACCAUGAUUAUUGUGCUUUAAAUUCUUGAUCGCUUUAGAAAAUCGACUUUUUAGCGUCGACGGUCGCUGUAGGAAUUGCGCUUUAAGAGGUACUGAGUUUGUAUGCUAAUUGUUUUCUAUUUCUUUUCACGCAUUGAGA